AAAAUAAACACCAGUAAUAAUUACCAGUUAUAAGGUAUAUAGGAAGAAAAUCUUUUAAAGACCUUUUUUCAAGAAUAGCAAAGUUAUAUGCUAUAAUGAUAUGGAGGCAUCCUCAAGUAGUAUACCGGUAAAAUUCAAGCCCCCAAAUCUCUAAACUUUUCAUGUGCUUUUUCCAUAACCCAUGUGCUCAGGUGAGAGAUGGGGUCUCUUGUUAAAUGCUGUCAAUAUUGUAUCAUUGAUUUUACAGUACCUUCAGAAGUUGAAAAACUUAGAGCAGAAAAAAGAGGAGAAAACUUCCUGGAACUAGGUUGGUUUAUGCCCAAAAGAGUAAAUGGAAAUCUGAAGGAGUUUAAAAUUAUGUGUCAAAAAGUUACCGGUGGGAUGAUUGAAAAGGAUGUUGAAGAAAUCCUAAAUAUGGACUCAAAUGUUGUGGCAAUGGAAAUGAUUAAACACAGGAUUGAAGGAUUGGAACCAAACACACUUUACAGAGUAGUUGUUUUUGCCACAACAAGAGUUGGAGCUGGAAGCAAAACUUUCCUAGAUGUAAUGACAGCAGACAGAGCACCCCUCAGUCGUCCAAUUGUGUAUGUAGAUCAACUUCCAGAGAAAAACGGUUUUAACAUAUCAUGGAGUUCUGUCAGUCCAGUCAACACUGUGAAUAUGAAAAUAUCAGGAGGAGCCUACAAUGUGGUCAAAAAAGCAAUAGUUCCCAGAACUGGGUGCUUGUGACAGAAGGUUUAGAAGUAGGAAGAACUUACAUAAUCACAGUUACAGCAGAGGAUAACUCAAAGAAAAGCUACCAGUGAAGAAAUUAAAGUCAUUUUUUCAAGCAUCACACGUAACCGUAGAGAUGAUGCAAUAUUCCAGGCCACUUGGUUUAUAAUUGUAAUGGUGGCCAUAGCCAUUUUGAUUUUAGUAAUCAUCAUUGUGUGUUUACUAUUAAAAAGAAACAGAGGAGACAAAUAUAAUG